CAAGAAGUGAGCAGCAAGUAACAAAAAAACAUCCGAAAAUUAACUAUUGCUAAAUCUCAAGAUCAAAGAUAAUUGUGAAUGAUCAUCAUAACAACCGUACUCAAUCAAAUUCCUGAUAAUUACGCUCUCUCUUUAUCCAUUUCAUGAAAAUUGAUUUUUUCGUUUUUGUUUGAUUUUGUGGCAUGAAGAUUGGUGUUUUCGUAUUUUUUUAUGUGUCCUAAUAUUAGUUAAUUAAUAUCAGUUCUUCUUCAUUAAGCAAUGCUCUUGGGCUCAUUUAGGACUUAAAAAUGUUUCUUGUAAUCUCAAUGUUCGUGGGGUUUUUGGUUUUCUAGCCCAUGUGUGGGUUGAUUAACUUUCUAAAAGAUUUUACUCUUAUGGGAUUUUUUAAAAUUAAAGCCAAUGACUAACUUGUUGGAUUAUGAUUUAUAACCUAUUGGUGCAUAAUUAUGAUGUGUGAACAAGUUUUUAAGGAAUCUUGGCGAAUGACAAAACUUUGGAAAGAAGAGAAGAAUAAGGAACUCCAAAACCACCGAUGCUUCCUCUCCUCUCUCGAAUCUUCUACCGAAGCAGAUUCCUAUACUUUUGUCAACACUUUUUAAGUGUUUUGCGUUUCCAAUGUACUUUGAAGAUUAUUCUCAAAACUCCAUAAAAUUCUUACUGAAACAGAGAAUUUUUUUUUUUAAUUUUAAUCUAAGAAUUAUCUUGAAGCUGUGUUCUUUGGCAAAUAUAAAUACACGUCGACUAGGACAACACUUGCGCUCUAAAGAUUGCAAAUCCGUGUUCUAUCUCUCUCAACAAUUAUUUCCCCUGCUUCCAAAGCUUUGACAACAUUUCUAUUCAAAAACUUUAGUUUUGAGUUUUUUUUUUCUUGUAUACUUCUCCCCAAAAUAUGAGCGAUCCCAAGUAUGCAUAUCCUUACCCGGCACCGGGAAAUUACCCGCAAGGUCCGCCACCGCCGGUGGGAGUACCGCCACAGUAUUAUCCUCCACCACCGCCACCGCCUCCUCCUCCACCACCACCACGAAAAGUUGGUUUUCUUGAAGGACUAUUAGCAGCUCUGUGUUGUUGCUGCUUGGUGGAUGAAUGUUGCUGUGACCCGACCAUUAUAUGCUUUGAUUAAGUUUUCAGGAAAAAGUAUGUCUGUUAAUUUCAUUAUGCUUAUGAGGUUUAUACAAUAAUUGUUGUGAUAUCAUGUGACUACUACUUUCUUUUCUUGUCGCUUUAAUUAGGUUUUAGUCUUGCCUUUUAUAUAUGUAUCACAAAUUUCUGCAGCUCAUCAAGUAAUAAGAGAAUUUAUUCUGAUUUCUGAUUAGUAGUUAUAGAUUAUGCUGAA